AUGGCACUGGGUCAGGCACAAAAGUCAAAUGCUCAAAUCCCCAGGUUUCAAAGCGGACGUGGGGGUGGUGGUUGCAACUUCCGAUGCGAGAUCUCACACCAGACGCCAGAUUCGUUGGACAAAUGUGAUGAUGGAGAUGUGUGUCGAGGCAUCCUAGCGAGAAGAGAGAGAAAAGAGCACAGCAUUUCUUCUUCUUGUGGCCCAGCGUGUUUGAAGAGAACUGUAUUCAACGUUGAAGACAUCUCGGCCUCACUCACAGCUGUCGGGCUUGGCGCCGGGGAUUGGCGAUGGCAUGACCCUGUCGAGGCACCAGACAUUUUGCAUGCACAAACAUACAUGUACAGGUGUGCCAGACUUGACGCUAUUACUAGUCUUGCAGUGCCGAUCUCUGAAGCCAGGGGAUCGUCGCCCAAUGAUGACGGACUCGGCUACCCGAAAGUCGUGAAUGACCAGAUGAGAGAAGACGGGGCGAAUCGAGCCAUUGGUCGUCACCAACACACUGCAAUCAGCCAUCAAGUGUCAAGAUUCAACUUGACAGAUUGCAGCUGGGCGUUUCGUUGUAUCAGACAUGUACGCAAUCUCGACGAAGCCACUCAAUACCUGAAGCAGAAGGUAGUCGAGGGCAAAGUCUUUGGUUUACCCAUCCAGUUCAAAACUGUGACCCAUUCGAUGGUACCGCCAGACGAUUCUCAUCUAUUUAAUGCCAAGGCGUGCUCCGAAGCUCAUUGA